AUGAUGGUUAGUCACAUCCAAGCAGCUAUAUUACUUUAUACAAAAUGAAAUGUGUAGUUAACAUUUUGAUCAUGUUUAUUCUGAGUGAUAAAAUUUUUACUGUUUUAAGUACACAUACAUUUGGCGCAAAUCACACCAGACACAGAAUACAUGAUGAGAUAAAAGAAACUAGUUUAUCUCUUAGAGACAUUUUACCGUUAAAACCGAAAAAUUAUGACAAAAAUAGAGCGCCGAAACUGCAAGGCCAACCAACAAUCGUAUACUUCCAUGUUACGGUUUUAUCGCUAGAUUCAAUCAAUGAAGAAUCCAUGACUUAUGUCACCGACAUAUUUUUAGCUCAAAGUUGGAGAGAUCCUAGACUGCGGCUUCCAGAAAAUAUGAGUGAAGAAUACAGAAUUUUAGAUGUAGAAUGGUUGCAUAAUAUUUGGAGACCUGAUUGUUUUUUUAAGAACGCUAAAAGUGUCACUUUUCAUGAAAUGACCAUUCCUAAUCAUUAUUUAUGGUUGUAUCAUGAUAAAACGCUCUUAUACAUGUCUAAAUUAACAUUAGUAUUGUCUUGUGCGAUGAAAUUUGAAACUUACCCGCAUGAUACACAAAUUUGUUCAAUGAUGAUAGAAAGUCUAUCUCAUACAGAUCAUGAUCUGGUGUUUAUAUGGAAUAUGACAGAUCCUCUAGUUGUGAAUCCAGAUAUUGAACUUCCACAACUCGAUAUUUCCAACAACUAUACAACAGAUUGUACUAUAGAGUACUCAACAGGAAACUUCACUUGCUUGGCAGUAGUCUUUAAUUUGAGAAGAAGACUUGGCUAUCAUUUAUUUCACACCUACAUUCCGUCUGCUUUGAUAGUUGUGAUGUCAUGGAUAUCGUUUUGGAUAAAGCCCGAGGCUAUACCAGCACGAGUUACUCUUGGUGUCACAUCCUUGCUAACGUUAGCUACCCAGAAUACCCAAUCUCAACAAUCUCUGCCACCAGUAUCAUAUGUUAAAGCAAUUGAUGUCUGGAUGUCCAGCUGUUCCGUUUUCGUAUUUAUGUCUCUCAUGGAAUUUGCAGUUGUGAACAAUUACAUGGGUCCAGUAGCUACAAAAGCGAUGAAAGGAUAUUCAGAUGAAGAUGUUAAUUCGGAAAUCAAUGAAUAUAAGGGAAUGGAAAGACCGCGUUAUAACUCAGUAAGUCAACCUCAAUAUGAUACUUUUUGUGAUGGAAAAAGUAUAGCUUUGUGUAUAGAUCAAUUUUCACGCUUCUUCUUCCCAUUUUCAUUUUUAAUUCUAAAUGUUGUGUAUUGGUCCACUUUUCUUUGACCAGAAUGUCACAAUGUAUAUUUGUUGAAAAGCACAAUUUUAAAAAUUAUGUUGUUGCUCUUAUUUCCAUUUAUCCCUAUCCAGAAUAAAAUUCAAAUUCUUUCCAAAUCAGGAUUUACAAAUUAAUAUGUAUAUUUUUCAAGACAAUUAAUGUUAAACUCAUAUUUAUUGUUGUUAAGUGCAGUUUAGUGCAUUUGUGUAUAUACUAAAAAUUUAAUAAACAUUUUAUUUUUA